AAAAAAAAAAAACAGAACAAGAAAACCUCUAGAGGAAGAAGACGAAGAGGAAGCACUGAAAAGCUCACCGUUUUGCCUUUUUUCUUCUACUCUUGCAUUCAAGAAUGCCAUUAUCCAAAAUGAAACCGGUUCAAGAGGGUCUGGUUCCGUCAAAUGAACACCAGCAUCAUCAUCAUCACCAUUUUAGAAAGCUAUUCAAAAGAGAUUCCUCGGAGAAUGAGUCUUCAACCCCAAUGUCAAAUAAUGACUCGAAUAAUUCAAAUAAUGAUAGCGAAAGUGUAUCUUCGAUGAAAGUAUCCAGAACCCCUUCAAUUCUUUCAUUACGUCGUCAUAAUUCCAAUAUUCUUCCUCAAAAAAAUAACGAGGAAUCCUCGAAUAAUCAUCAUGGUAUUCAAAAUUUGCUUCACCACCAUCAUCACCAUAAAGACCCUGUUGAAACCUCGGAAAAGAAAAAAUUAUCUAGAGCUGAAACAAUUGCUCAUUUACAACAUAUCAAUAAUAAAAAUGCUCAAGCAAGAGCCAAUGCAGGUCCUGGGGGUCAAAGAGGAGCUGCUUCGAAUGCAUUACAUCAAACAAAUCAUCCUCAUAAUGAAAAAAUCACUUAUAAUCCUUUUGGUAUGAAUAAAAAUCCGUCUAAUGAUAUACCGAAAAAUCCUUCUUUUUAUAUGAAGGGUGGACCCGAAGGUGCUAGAGUCGUAGCAAACCCGGUGGCUGAUCCAAAUGAUUAUUUACCAGAUGACUUACAACAAGAACAUGUGAAUUUAUUAGAAGAUUUUGAAAUUGAUAUGAGUACUAAAAAACUAGGUGAUGGUGGUUCUUCAGAUGUUCGUAUAAUUAAUGCAAUUAGCCGUAAAAAACAAUGUUAUGCUUUGAAAAAAUUCACUCUAUUAGCUAAAGAAACUGAUGAAGAAUUUUAUAAAAGAGCUUCGAAAGAGUUCAUCAUAUCAAAGGUUGGGGGUGUUAGUAGGCACGUUGUUGAUACUAUUACAAUGGUGAGAAUUCAAUCUCAAGCCAAUUUAACAAGAGGGUGGGGGAUUGUUUUAGAAUUUUGUGAAGGUGGUGAUUUAUUCAAUACCAUUAUUAAACCGGGUUGGAAAAGAUCUUCUUUACUGGAACGUUAUUGUAUUUUCAAACAAAUUGCUUAUGGUUUAAAAUAUUUACAUGAUCAUGAUAUUGUUCAUAAAGAUAUGAAACCAGAAAAUAUCUUGAUUGAUGCUAAUGGUGUUGCUAAAAUUUGUGAUUUUGGUGUAAGUGAUUAUGGUCAUGAAGAAUUUGGUAAUUUUGAUUCUCCUUUAAAAUUAUCAACUGCUUAUGUUGGUUCUCCUCCUUAUUCUCCUCCAGAAGUUAUGAAAUUAAAAGAAGUUAGUUCUUCAGAAGCUAAAAGUUUUGCUUAUGAUCCUUUUAAAAUGGAUCAUUGGGGAUUAGGUAUGUUAUUAUUUUGUAUCGCUUAUUCAAAUAUUCCUUUUCAAAAUGCUUGUUCAAGUGAUCAUGGUUAUAGAGAUUAUAAAUUCAAUCGAGACCGUUUCAAAUCAGAUCAUCCUUCUUUUAAAAAUAAUGAUGAUUAUUCAAGAGGCCCUGGUUCUGAAUUUAAAUGGGCUGCUCAAUUUCAUUCAAAUGGUGCUGCAAGAGUCGCUUGGAAACUUUGUGAUCCUUCAGUAAAUACCAGAUAUGAUUUAGAUCUAUUGUUUAAAGAUCCUUGGUUUGUUGGUUUAGAAAUGUGUCUUUAUGAACACUCUGAUCAAACUGUUAAUCCAUUUGUUUCAAAUAUGUCAUCAUCUUCAUCUCAUACCAAUACUAGACCCCCAUCCCGUAAAAAUACUUUUAAUAGUAGUGAUGAAGAAGGUUUACAUACUCCGUUCAGAAGUAUGUUAGAUUUAAAUGAUGGUGGUGCAAAUGCAAAAGAUAAUGAAUCAAUAAAUUCUAAUUCUUCAUUAACAACAACUCCUUUAAAAUUACGGAAAGAUCAUACUAAUGUUCAUACUUCUUCGACUCAAGUUUUAACUCAGGGCCAAAUACAAGAAAAUGACGAAUCAUGUAAUAAUUGUCAAAAUAUUCACAAGGAUAAUCUGGAAUCAAAUAUAUCUCCUUCGAAAGUGAGAUCAAUGUUGGAUGUUAGUGGUGAUAAUCGUGAUAAUGGAACACCUUCAUUACCUGCAGUUAAAGAAGAUAAUGAACAUUCUAAUAAUGAUUUGCAUCAUUCUAAUUCAGGAUUAGAAUUUACUGCUAAAAAUCAAUUAAAACCUGAAGAUACAGAAAAACAAGGCUCUUCUACUAAUUCAAUCAAAUCAAAUGGUACUGAUAAUUCCUCACAAAUUACAAAGAAGGUUGAGUGUAAUUGCGAAUGUCAUGAGUCAACUGAAAAUGAACCAACUACACCAGAUGGAGAGAAGAAGCCAAAGAAACAAUUACCUGUAUUACAUAAACAGUUUCUUCGGUCGAAUUCUCAAAUUAAACUUGACUCGAAUGGUGUUUGUGAUUUAGGAUAUAAAAUCAAAAAACAUCAUCAUUGUGAGGUCAGUAGCGUGGCCGUUGCUGGCUCAUUAUCAAGAAGAGAUCGAUAAGCUAACAUGGACGACUAUAAAAUUUUGGGAGGGG